AUGGCUGGAAAGUUCGAACCCAAGGUACCCGUCAACCUGGCUCCUCCCAAGGACGACCCCAUUACCCUCGAUGAGUUGGCCAAGGCCGAUGGCUCGGAUCCCAAUGGAAAGACAUACGUUGCGAUUAAGGGUAUCGUCUAUGACGUGACAGGCAACAAGGCAUACCAACCAGGCGGUUCCUAUAACGUCUUCGCCGGGAAGGAUGCCUCCCGCGCUCUCGGUAAAACCUCAACAAAGGCUGAGGACGUCAGUCCCGAGUGGCAAGAUCUCCCCGACAAGGAGAAGGGAACCCUCAGCGACUGGGUCACCUUCUUCUCCAAGCGGUACAACGUUGUCGGCCGCGUUGCCGGAGCAACCAACACGGAGUGA